AAGGCAUUUCUGUGUCUUUAAAAAUCUAAUCAAAAUCUUUUCUUUUUCCUUCAUCACAAAGUUUCCCCAAAAAAAUCUCACCGAACAAUCUAUCAAGAACAAUGGGCGGAGGAAGAGUCAUGGCGACGGCAGCGAAGGUGGCUGGGAUCGGAGUAGCCAAAGGUGGAUUCAGGGGAGGACUCGGAGUCCCCGGCGCGGCGGCGAACGAUCAGUUCAUCGUGAGGAACACCUCAGCGUCUAAGCCGGUUUCGGCUUCGAUCUCAUCGGUGGUCCAUCCUUCCGCGGAAGAAGACGCGGUGGUUAUGCGCAAACCGGUUUGGGAAGACGAGUGGGAGUUCGCGGAGGUGGAGACGAAGACGAUUCCUAGGGUUGUUUUCGAUAAGGCUCCCUCUCUCCAGGAGGCUAAAGAAGCCACCGAUGAUCUCAAAGAUGCACUCAACAUGGCGUAUAUGGAAGGGUCAAAUGAGGUUGGUUCUGUUUCGAGAAUGUUUUCAAGCUUUCAACCUUCUGAGAACAGAGCUGUUGAAUCAGCUGUUCCACAGGUUGCUCUUAAGGCUUUUGCUUUCCUCAGUGAAAACACAGCUGCGCAGUCUGUUGUUGCUUCCAUUGCGUCUGACCCAAAGGUGUGGGAUGCUGUAAUGGAAAACAAGGAUCUCAUGAAAUUCCUCGAGACCAACACUGCUUCAACUCAGGUUGAAGCUGACAAUGACGACAAAUCUGAACUUUCAAGCGAGACUGAAAGUGAAGAAGACAGUGAAGCAAAGCCAAUCCAACUCAUGGAGAUUCUGCGGGACAUGAAGCUGAGAGCUGUUGAGAUGAUGGAAAAUGUGUCUUCAUACUUCGGUGGUUUGUUCAGGACAGAGUCUUUUUCAGAGGGUGGACAAGAGAGGAAGAGGAUGUUGCUCAACGACCCUACUACUCUCUUUGGAUUAGCUGUUUGCGUUAUUUUCAUGGUAGUUCUGAAACGUGCUUAAGAAGAUCCCGUUUCUUUAAAAUCUGCCGAUAUAGCUUAAAACAAAAUAACUACUAUGUUCUCUUUCUGCUACUUCAUUAUGGUUUUUUAGUCUUUUAAAAGUGUUUUUUUUUUUUCUUAUGUUUGGAAUGGUUUGGAACUUGUCUUUGAUAUUUCAUAAAUAAAACUAUGCUUUGGAUGUAUCAUAUAUAUAUAUAUAUAUGUAUUGCAAUAUAUGUAGCUAUCUUCAUCUAAAACAAAUUUGUAAUAUAGAAUAAUAUGGUGGUUAUGGCUAGAAAACA